AUGAGCGGGCGCCGGGGGGAAGCGGAUAGGGGAGGAAAGCUGAGGUGGAAAGUGGAUUUCGAGAAGAAUGUCGUCGUGUCCAACUUCGAGCGUCGAGGCUGGACCAAGACCGACGGAGAUGACUGGAACGUGUACUGGGCUAACGUGUACAGCGUCAAGCAGCUCUUCAACCCGGAGACUGGCUUUCGAUUAGGCGACGACCAGUUGGUGAACCAUUUUCCGAAUCAUUACGAGCUGACUCGAAAAGAUUUAAUGGUGAAGAACGUGAAGAGGUACUUGAAGGAGCAGGCCAAGGACGACAGGAACCCGCCAAUAAGAGGUGAUUGA